AUGGCGCUCGCCAUCGCCCUAGCCCCUAAAGCAUGGGCCGAGCUGGUCAACUUCGAACUCGAUCUGACCUGGGAAGAUGGUGCUCCUAACGGUGAAACCCGGAAGAUGGUCUUCAUGAACGGGCAGUUCCCCGGUCCGGAGCUGCGAAUCAACCAAGGCGACGAGGUCGAGUUCGUUGUUCACAACAACAUGCCGUUCAACGCUUCAAUCCAUUUCCACGGUGUCGAGAUGUUGAAUACCCCUUGGUCAGAUGGUGUUCCUGGUCUGUCUCAGAAACCUAUCUUGCCGGGAGAUUCCUUCACCUACAAAUGGACUGCCACUCAGUAUGGUGUUUAUUGGUACCACUCUCAUGACCGUGGAACCAUGUUUGAUGGCCUCUACGGUGCCAUCCAGAUCAACCCUGCCCCUGGAACUCCGGCCCCCUGGGAUCUGAUCUCUCAGGAUAAGACCGACAUUAAGAACCUGGAAAAAGCCGAACUCAACACCAACCUGGUCGUGCUUUCUGAUUGGGAUCAUUUGACCUCGGAAGAGUAUCAGAAUCUACAGGUUGAGAGUGGUCUGGAUCUCUUCUGUGUUGACAGCGUUCUGAUUAACGGCAAGGGCGCGAUCUACUGCCCGGGCUCUGAAGAGAUUGCCAGCCUGGAGACAUCCUACUUGAAGGCCUCAAUUGCCAACCAGCCACUUUCUGACAAGGGCUGCUAUCCCAACAUCUACAAGACCCAAGGCAACUUCAGCCAUGACGAGUCGGUGAUUCCGGACGGACUCAACUCUGGAUGUGUUGCGAGCGCCGGGUUCCAAGAGGUACUCGAAGUCGACCCUGCUGAUGGCUGGGCUUCGUUCAAGUUCAUUGGUGCCACCACCCUCAAGUCCCUGGUGGUUUCGAUCGAUGAGCAUCCCAUGUGGGUGUACGAGGUCGAUGGACACUAUAUCGAACCGCGCAAGGUGGAUGAGUUCUCGAUCUUCAACGGCGAACGGUUUUCGGUCAUGAUCAAGCUGGACAAAACGCCCAGGGACUACACGAUUCGCGUCCCGGACACCAACGGCGAUCAGAUCAUUGCGGGCUUUGCGAAGAUGAAGUACAAGGGUGGCCAGGACCUGGGCGACUCGAAGCCCUACGUCACCUACGGCGGCACGAACACCUCUGCCGACGUGGUCGCGCUGAACCUGACCCGCCUGCCUCCCUACCCCAGGAUCGAGAUUCCCCGCACGGCCGACCAGCUGGUGAACCUGACCUUUGGCCGGAUGGGAUCGUCGUACCAGUGGACCCUGGAGGGUCAUGCCCUGUACAACAUCUCGGCCAACCUGGACUCACCGAUCCUGUUUGACGUGGAGUCGCGCAAGAACCUGCCCGAGCAGGUGACCAUUGAAACCAAGAACGGUACCUGGGUCGAUCUCCUACUGCAGGCAGGCAGCAUGCCCAACACGCCGGACAUCCAAGCGCCGCACGUCAUCCACAAGCAUUCCAACAAGGCGUUCAUCAUCGGGUUUGGCGACGGCUACUUCAACUGGUCCUCCGUCGAGGAGGCCAUCGAGCAGAGCCCGCAGAAUUUCGAGCUCGAGCACCCGCAGUACCGCGACACCUUUGUCACCAACAGCCCCAACGGGCCCACCUGGCUGCUCGUCCGCUACCAGGUCGUCAACCCGGGGCCCUUCCUGCUCCAUUGCCACAUCGAGACCCAUCUUCUCAACGGCAUGGGUGUCGCCCUCCUCGACGGCACGGAUGUCUGGCCUGAGGUUCCUCAAGAGUACGCCAUCUAA